UUUUCUAUUCCAAUGCAAUAAAAAGAUCGACUUAGCGAUAAAUUGUCAUAUUGCCCGGCUAUUUAUCAGAGGAGCCUAACAGAGAUUGUUGGAAUUACGUGCCGUGGACACUCGUUUCUGACACCAAAUCCAAUUAAAGAUAAUGAAGCUUCCAUCGAUAAUGGACAUAUCGUCACGAAUACAAAAUAAUAUAAAUUCGAUUUCGAAUUUCGAAUUUUUCUCUACCGUUCGAGUGUUACUAUAACCGUUGCAGGAAUACAAACGACGUCCAGCUUCAAAUUAAUAAACCUGGGGUAAUUUGUGAGACAGGAUUGACUGAAGAUGGGGCGAACAAUGGUUUUAAUUGUGUACUACGGUCUGCUGACUGUUUCCGUUAUCGGAGGGCAAAUGAACAGUGACCCGGCACCAGGUCGUUCACCUGGUCCGCCCGGAAUGAAUACACUCUACGAUCAACACGGCAACGAGGAAGACAGCCCCACUCUCGUCCUUACUAAGGAUCCUGAUGAAAACUUCUCAUCGUCAUCGUCUCAAAAUCGAAAUGAUAAGAAAAUGACGGUGAUUCCACUAGACCAACAGCAGCGGGAACAUAGCGAUACCGGCCAGAUGUCGUCGAGACAAGACGACGGCAAGGACACUGAAUUGCUGAAGUUAGGAGCAUCGGAGAAAGCAAGACGAAAUGAAGCGAUGAACCCCAGCUGUAGCAACCAAUUAAGUGACUACUUACGUCCGAAUGAUAAGAUUAUGGCUGCUGUCCUUGUUCCGGCUGUGGAUUAUAACGACACGAGGGAGCAUCAGGGACAUGAUGGAAAGGACGACGCAUAUGCUGGGACCGGGGAAAGGACUUUUAGUGCGGCUGAUAUUCAGCUGGAUAUUACACAUGAUUUGUUCAACACCCACAACGGAAUAGCUUGUGGAUUAAUGUAUAAGGUUCGUUUGUUCGUGGCAAAAUCCUUGAAUUUGGAAAAUUUUUUUCUGGAAACACUGAGUGGCGACCAGAAACGAGGGACAUUCAUACGACAUCUGAUGAGCAACAAGCUACCGCUUUCAUGGUUCAAAUCGUCCUUUGUCACUGGCACUGUUUGGGCAGCCGAGAAUUUCCAGAAACGUAUUGUAUGGGAUAGUGAUGUUGGCGGCAAGGAUUUGGCAAAUGAUGGUAUCCAUCAUAUCGACGGAAGCGGCAGAGCUCAAGACAAUCUCAAUGGGAUGAGAAGUGAUGAUGAUGAUUCUGAUGAGGAUGAUGACAGUGGCGAUAAUGGCGAUGAAGGCGACGGCAAUAUUGUACAGCCAAUCGGUCAAUGGGUGGCUGGAAAAAACAAUUUUUUAGGAGGACGGCCUCCCAUGCUUCGUAAUAGUAAAAGUGGAAAGAAGCAGCUUUGUCCAGAAAAUACAUGGAACCAAAGGGACGUAAGGGACAACAGGAUGGAGUGGAUUGCCUUCUGGAUGCUAAAUGAGUAUUGUGAUAGUGCAAAUGAUACUGUGGAAUUUAGGUUAUUUUUUCGAUUGCGUACGAAUGAUAGUAGCAGCGGUGAUUCAAAGGAUCCAAAAAAUUCAAAUGGAAUUGUGUAUAGGAUGUCUUUUUUAUUAAAUAUCAUUAAGAAUUGCCAUCUAUUCCUAAAACAAUCAACGGGUGUUCUAGACUACGCCUCGCUGCCACUCUACAGUGUAGAUUGUGAUGUACAUUUUCCAUCCCCCGAUGGAGGAAGUAUCGACGGUAUAGGAAAUCCAUCGAGGACAUCAUCCCUUGUACCGUCCGCUCGCCGUCCGGGGCUUUUAGUUCAAUUAACGCGUUUAAAUGUGCCAUGUGAUAGCGGUGGGUAUAUAAAGUUCGCGGAGUACGCUGCACUUUGCGGAAAACUAGAGGAGCUACGUGCUAACGAGAGGACGUAUCACUUUAAUAUGCACAAAAACACGAGUGUGCGUAUCCAUAAGAAUCCGAUGUUUAGCUUGAAAUUUCAGUUAGUGGAUUAUUGUUAUAAUAUGUCGUUAACAGAGCAAAAUGGGUCGUUUUAUAUGCAUCCUGCGAAAGAGUCGCUCGAGUGCUACUUUCGAAUCCACCUUCCGUACGGGAAUAGGAUCGAGUUAAAUUUAGUAGUAAAUAAUCGAAGUGUAGUUGACGCUGGCGUGAACCCGAGUCCGCAUAAUUACGAUAAAAAUACAACCUUUCGAACUAGCAAAGCCAACUUGACGUCAACAAAGGACUACAGCAAAAACGAUGUUAUUUUAGAUGAAUCCAUGACGCACAUUAACAUAAGCCUAAGUGAUAGCGGUAGGAACGGAAGCCGUAAUUCUAGUUCUAACGAAUUUUUAAGUAGCAGAAGUGGAAGUAGAUUUAGUGUUUCCAACGAGAACGCCCUCUUGUUCUGCAACGGACUGCGGAUACAAAUCCACGAAUUUCCCACGUACAAAUGGUCAUAUUGUGUAGACGAGUGGAGCGGGACGAAGCGCUUUUCUCUCAUUUCCCAAGGCAACACGCUCGUCCUGCACGUUGUUAAGGUGUUCAAUUUGAACGAGGAUAUAGUCAACAAGGAGAAAAGUGGUUCUAAUUCAGCUUUAGGAGAGGAGCUUACUUUUAGCUCGGAAUUAGGCGUAGGCCGUGAUGGACCGAAGGACUCGAAAAGUGGCAGUGGCACUAGUUUGCCCUCUCUAUAUUUAGAAUAUACAGCGAAACCCAUCCCCGAAAUAGUAUCGGAUUGUGCCUUUGGUUGGGUGGCAAUGCAACAAUUUUGUGUGACGACAGCAGAUGUCCCUCUCUCCUGGCUCCAGAGUGAGGAAUAUUGCGUAGGAAAGGGUGGACAUCUAGCAUCAAUACGGUCGGAAGCGGAACAGAAAACUAUUGAUCAGCUAUUGUUGAACAGCCCUGGCUACCAGGACCGUUACGCUUACUGGGUCGGAGCAUCAGAUAAAACAUACGAAGGAGAUUUCCGUUGGAACGACGGAUUACCAUUUUCAUACACGAAUUGGUUCCCCGGCUGGUCACAGCAUGGACACUACAACCGGCAACCGAACGAUGAUGGAUUAAGUGGCCAGGAUUGUAUUGAAUUGAGAAGGGACUUUCGUGUACCACCUGGGGUUCAGCCAACGAACGCUCCCCUGGUGGAGACGUACAUGUGGAACGACAGGGACUGCAAUGCCAGGAAUUACUUCAUAUGCGAACGUCCUAUUGCCGAUGAGCCUGUGGAGAAAAAUUGGUCGAAAGACUGUAAUAAAACGAUAUCGUUAACCAAAGAGCGUCCACGGGCGUCAUUAUGGAGUCCCUCGUUCCCCAGGCAAUAUCCGGACAAUGCCAACUGCUACACAACUGUGACCGCCCCUAGUGGAUAUCGGAUAGUGUUGGAGUUUGAAGAACUCGUGUUGGAGAAUGAACCGGCCUGCAGCUAUGAUUAUCUCGAAAUCACGGAGCCCACUGCAAAUCAUUAUUCAACGAACUCAAUGAAGAGUUCGGACUCAUCGUUGACGUCCUCCACAGCAUCCCUCGCAUCCUCAUCAAACUCACUUUACCUGAGAUCCUCUCGUCAUGGAUCGCGUCGUGCAACAACAUACCGAAAGCGAAAUUCUUAUGACUCUAAUCUAAGCGUUAACUCUAAUUCUAAUAGUAAUAGUAAUAACAAUAACGAACUGAGUAGUAAUACGAACAGUAAUAAUAAUUUUAAUGGUGUGAAUGCUAACAAUGACAAUGGUCACGUUAAUAUGGAACUCGCUCAAACUAACUAUCAAAAUUUGCUUAGUAUCUUUUCCAAUAUCUACAAGCCUCGAACGAAUUUUUUAAUACAAACUCCAGACUAUCCGCGCGGAAAUCCCCUUUUCCACACAAAUCGCCUACGGGAGAGCUUGCCACGGAGGCUGUGUGGCGACUGGAGCUCGAAAUUGAAGUUGUUACGAUAUGUCUCGGGCGGAUCAUAUCUGGGAUUACAUUUUGUGUCGGACUAUUCACAUCAUUACGGAGGAUACAAGGCGAAGGUUUUCAUGGAAAAUAGAGGGCAUUGGUUUCGUGGUGCUGUGUCUGAAUGCUCCGAUGAAAGACUGAAACCGUACAAUGGAUCCUGUUACUUAUUCGUAUCAUAUCCUGAAGUUGACUGGUGGACAGCCCAGCAAGUGUGCCGAGGUAUUGGAGCGCAACUCACGUCUGUUUCGUCCCCUGACGAGCACCGAUUUAUUACGUCGAGCAUCCGAAAUCAGGCUGACUAUUCACCGCAACUGGUAUAUUGGCUGGGCGGAGAAUUGGCGAACAACCGACAAUUUGAGUGGACAGACGACACCCGGAUGAGGUUCCAGGGUUGGUUGCCGGGACAAGGACAAUUUGACGAAAUGCCAUCUGAGGCGAUGUGCCUAGGACUACAAUGGAAGAUGUCUCCAACCCCAAUGUUGCCGUCAGGAUUAUACUGGGAGGCGCAAAGAUGUCGACGAGUUGGCGGAUAUAUUUGCAAAAAGCCUAAACAAUCUUACGAUAAUUCUAUUGUGAGAAAUGAAACCGUGACUGGAACGGAAGGACGUCUAACUUCCCCAGGAUAUCCAAAUCCAUAUCCACUCAACAUAGACUAUUGGGUACGCAUCGUGGCACCGGAACGUCAUCGAAUCAUCGUUCAAUUCCAGAAAAUCGAUUUAGAAUCCCAGGACGAGUGCUUGUAUGAUUACGUUAGUGUGCAAAAUUACGAAACAAUUGCCUUAGAGUCGGCGGCCAACCCACUCGCCAUGACCUUCCUGUCGCCUAUCGAUAGUGAACGCCGUUACGGGGAGCGAGCCUUCUUUACAGGUGAAGAAAACGGCAAAGUGCAGUACGUGCGUCGGAGUCGCAAUGCGGAUAAUCCUUUUGGAAAGCACAACGACGAAUUAAUGAGUAGAAGCCCAUUCGCAACUAAAAUUCGACAAAGAAGAUCACCUGAAGGACACUUGGCUUGGCAACACGAACGACAACUGGGUAAAGCUCUGAAAAGGAUGAGAAUAGCAUCGGAGGGCGGACGCUUCAGUAGAAUACCAAUGAAUAGGAAAAGGCGUCGGAAAAAACGGGCACUCAACGAGAAUCCUUUGAAGGAUGCAAUCCCCAUGGGCAGCGAGGAUGAAGUGCAGUCGAACGAUGACCGCUUGAAGCGAAGUUUUGUAUCGUCAGGGAAUAUGGAUAAUGCCCAGUCCUUCCUUCCGUAUGUGCGUUGGUGCGGAACCCACGACACCAAUAUGUCCAAAUUUGACUUUAUCUCAGCUUCAAAUGAGAUUAUCCUGAAUGUACAUAGUGAUUACUCGAUUUCGGGGCUAGGAUUCGCAGCGACAUGGAAAGCCAUCGACAUCUCGGGGUGUCCUUUUCAAACAUUGACCGCACGUGAAGGCAAUCUCGUGAGUCCCAACUACCCCCACUUUCUCCUCAACAACUUGGAUUGCACGUACGUAAUCCAAGCGCCGGUCGGACGUAGAGUGUGGCUGGAGUUCACUGAUUUUCGGAUUAGCGAAGGUGCCGCCGUUGACGUGGAUGUGGGCUACGGACGAUUUCAGCCCUUCAAAAAGGAAGCUCAUCUAAACGAAGGAAUUUUCGUGAGCGUUGGCGAACAAAUUAAAAUACAAAUCCGCACGGGAAUGAAACCACGUGGAAAAGGAUUCCGGGCAUUUUAUAAAACAGUCGGGUCCUCAGACGUCGAACGUGUUGUGCACCUCAAGAGCAAUGCCACCGGUUCAAUCUAUCAUCUCAACUACCCGCAGGCGAUUCCUGGAAAUGUGGAGUAUACUCAACAUUUUGUGGCUCCUUUAGGUGAAGUAAUACUCGUUGAGCUCUAUGGAGUGGAAUUCUCACAGAAUGGAUGUCCAGAUCAGACGGUACUCGAGGUCUACGACAACUAUGCCGACAAUAAUGGAACUCGAUGGCAAUUAUGUAAAUACCAGGAGCAUUCUAGCGCUCAAGCGGAAGAUUCCUCACCAUCAUCGCUAUCAUCGCCAUCAUCACUGUCAUCACUGGGCCUCAGAAUCCAUCCAGGACACAAUGAGCCACAGCAUUCUCCCGUUUAUAUAACAUCCUACUUGAAUACGUUGCAUGUACGGCAAAAGACCACAAAGGAAUCGUACAUUGGCCUCAAUGCAACGGUUCGAGUUCAACCGGAUGUUAACUACAAAUUGAAGCUGGCGUCGGGUGAUGACUUGGUGGAAUCCUGUGAACCAAAUCCUUGUCAGUCUAAUGGAAAAUGCAUAACCGGUGACAAUAGCACAAAACGUUGCCAGUGUCAUGGACAUUUCACCGGGAGAUUUUGUGGGCUGAAUAUGUGCGAACUGGAACCAUGUCUAUUUGGGAAAUGUGAAUUAACGCCAACAAAUUUUAAGUGCCACUGCCAAACAGGAUACAUUGGAUCGACAUGUGAGCAAAAACAGAAACCUUGUGCUGAUAAUCCUUGCGAAGGUCGAGGAGAGUGUUUUGAGAAAAAUGGGGGAUUUUUUUGCAGGUGUCAUGCGUGGUGGGAAGGUACGCGAUGUGAACGUCGAAUGAUGCACAUUCCAUACAAACCUCUUUCCGAGAGGAUGCUUCAAGAGCCUUUCUGGCUGGGCUUGAUCACGGUCUUCGUAGUCCUCGCUGUAAUAGGUCUGGUCUGGUGUGCGAAACGCCAUUUCCCAGAGAAAAUAGAGAAGCUGCUGGCCGAAGAAGCUGAUCGCAACAGACCUUUCGGACAUGGACAUCAUCAUCAUACAUCGUUACGCGAGCAAUUGCAGUUCACCACAUCCAUACCACAGACAGCAGCAACAACACCGGGCGCUCCACGGUCAAUAUUCAACAGACUGGGUAUUAGAAAACCGUCGAUUUUGAGCCUCAGCAGCCCUAAUCCACCGGGCGGGGCUACGGCCCGUACAUUUUCGCUAGAUGAUUUAUUACGACCACCUCCGCGACGAUCACCAUCACCGCGUAAAAAACGCAAUAACUCAACGCCAACGAAGAAGAAUGCAGCCGAAAAGAAGCAGAUACUUCAACAACUUGUUUCACCAGCGCCCAACCAACUGAAGCCAAAAAUAAGCUUAGGAGAAUUAAUUCAACUAUCCGAGAAUCGGUUGAAGGCAACGGUAGCCGAUUCAGAGAGUGAUUUGAAGGAGACAACAUUUUCCGAGAACUCGGCUUCGGCCUCAGCUUCAACAUCCACUACGAGGCCUUUGAAUGAUCCAAAAUUAGAGAAGAAAGUCACCUUUGCCAGAUUACUCAGCAAAGUCUCCGCAGAAAUGAGUUCUGGAUCUGAAAUGGAAGGAGUGAAUGGCACGCAUAACUCCAGCGCUCUUAGUCUUCCCACAGAAAUUCAAUUUCGUGCCAGUUCAGUUCCACAAUCACCAUGCACAAAUGACAUCCGCUCACCCCACAGCACAUCUUCGAAUCAAGGCAGUGAUUCACUAUCCAGCUCUGAGAUCGUGCUCACUGACAUCGGCCUACGCAAUGCUUACACACGAAGGAUUCGACCGAAAGUUUCGAGUGCCGACUCAAUAUUGGCAAUGUUUCGAAAUUUUCCCUCGAAUACACCAACAAGCUCAUCACUACCGCCCACAUCAAUGUUUGCUUCACCAUCGACCACACCAACUGCUUCUAGUCCACAGGAUGAUCUGGCGGCCGAUGAUGAAUCCUCUACUUCGUCCAUGCAUACGCCUGUCAGCUUCUCCAGUGGUCCACCUGAUUCGCCUGUGUUCUAUCGUCAAACUACUAUUGAAGUACCUGUUCUAGAUGUCUUAAAUGCGCAUAAGUCAACGCCCAACUCGAAUGUGCUUCACCCACCGACCAUUCUUCUUGAGAUUCCCAGCAAUGGAAUCAAUAAGUGCCUGUCACCAAUUCGGGAACUGCCUACGCCGAUGCCAUCGCCAGCUUUAACUCCUAUCAUGCCAAGACCACAUCGAUCCAACAGUCCUUUAGGACAUGAUGACCCAUUAUCGGGAAGUUUCAGCGAUGAUGAUGAUCGAAGCGAUCGCCAACUGAUGCCCAAUAGUAUUAUCCCAACCAUCCACAUCGAAAAAGAUCGUAUAGACACAGAUGUCAGCACUACACCCACAGACACAACCACUACCUCUACGGCAGAUAUCAACAAAACACGUGGUCGCUUGAAUUCUCCAGUUACGAUAACUAUCGACAUAAACCCUCCAACGCCGGAGGAUCGUGCACAACGUCCACGUGACCUUAUCAUCCCAACUCUAAUCGUAGAGCACCCGAGUCCCACACGUGAAGUUCGUCAGCGACUUCCACCCGUUAUGCAGCCCGGCUCCCCGCCACCCCAACGUGCAAGUAUUGGCGAAACCAGCUUCGCAUUUCCCAAUAAGGAGCAACAAAAAAGGCUAUUGAAGCAGUUUGAAAAGCCAACAUCUUUAGAUCUUCCAUUUGUGCCGCCAAUGAUCACAAUCACAUCGAACAUGAGCGAGCUGGAAUCCGAUGUUGAGCCCAUGUCACCAGCCCCGAACAAGCUUCAUGGAGGAACCUCUCUUUUGGCUCCCGGCAAUCCAGCAAUGUGUUACUUGAGCCCGUUUCCGAUGUGCACUCGAGCAGAUAGGACGAUAUCUGAGAGCAACUUGAGUUCGUCAGGAUACUCUAGCAUGGCCAGUCCAGGACCAAGUAGAUGUGGCUCGAGCAAUCCUUUGUGCCCCAAUGAGAUGGAUGAAUCUGGAAGUGGUCCAACUGGCACCGGGUUAUCACUCCAUAUGAGUUUGCUGAGUCGUAGGCAACACUCACUCCUAGCCAGCUGUAAGGAGAACGUAAGCAACGGAAAAUCUUCUAACAGUAGCUCAGGAACCCAUGACCGGUUGAGAGGUAGAUCAGAUUCGGAAACUCUAUCAGAUGAUGCUCUCCUUGAAUCUAACGACGAAGGAAUAGGAACAGAUCACAUAGAUGAAAAACCUGAUGAUAGUGACAUAAAAAAUGCCAAAGACUUAGAAGUCUACAUAAGCACAGAUCUACUGGAAGUAGGAAAAACAAUGCUCAACGCCGAAGAAAGCCCGACACCAAGCAUGUCACAACUCCAACUGCCUUCUAUUGUAAUCCAAGGUGACGGAACUGAUAAAUUGUCUCCCGUAUCAUCACGCUCCGAAAGUCCACUUAGCGAACGAGCAGGAAUGGGACGUUUCUCACCGCACUUCUACGGGCGCAAGGAUCAACUUCCAUUCACAGAUUCCGAUGGUCUCUACGACUUUCCGUCAUCAGACGGAAAAGGUGCAUCCGUUACGCAUCAGCGAAGAAGCAGUAGCAAGAAACGUGACCGAAAAUCGACAAAGACUGGACAAACUCAAUCUCCUACUCGCAACCAUCAUCUCGACCUUCCCUCUAAGGAUAUGAUUAGCAGUACUGGCAGUCAUAAUUGUUCAAAAUAUUUCCUUCACCACCAUCCGCAUCACGUUAGCUCCUUAACUACCCGGAAGAGUCCUAAACGACGACCAAUUCAACGGCAUCCGGUUACAAGCAGCUCAUCGUCCACGGAGAGUUUAACUUCCGCCAGGGAAUUAACGUUAAGGGCAGCAAAGGCUGGCUCUCCCGGUAGAGAUAAAUAUCUAAGAAGAUGCGGAGAUGGAAGCGAGGAUGAUACUGGAGAAGAUGUUUCCAGUCAAAUACUGCCGAACAUUCAUACUGAAGAUAUAAUUAGACCUAGGAAAAUUAGUCGUUUGCGAGCAAUAGGGAAUCAAAUAAGAUUUUUACGUAGAUUAGAGAAGUCAAUUAAACGCCGUGAAAGAUUGUCACCGUCCGAUAGCUGUCCAGAAGAUGGAAACGAUGAUUUAGAUUCACCACGGGUCACUUCGCCAUUACUUCAAUCAACUAGUUCGAAACCGAGAAUUUCCAUUUGUAGACAAAAACGCUUGCCAACUAGUAUCUAUACAACGAGUGAUAGGGGUUGGAGAUCACGAGAAAGAAACAUUAUCCAUGGCGAUAUAAAUAGUGACUAGAGAUGUCCAAAGGAUAAACUACGUAUGUAUGUAUAUUACUUACGAAAAUUCUUUAAAAAAUGCCUGUUUGGAUACUGAGAAAACCACUUGCUGCUGAAAACAAGCGUAGAACUAUUAGUUUUUACUUGGAAAAUAGUAAAUAUUAUUUAAAGUGUCUUGUGACAGGUAGAAGUUGUGAUGGUUCUUUGGAUUAGGUUUAUAUAAUUUAGUGACACUUCAACUGUAAAAAAGCGGAUUAAUUUCAUCCAUGCUCUACAGAUCUCAUACAUAACCAUCGAAAUCAUUCUAUCUGCCUAGGACGCAUAACAUUUCAUCUGUGAAACUUUUUUGGCCUUAAAACUAUGUAACUCGAAGAUAAGUAUCGAAUAUUCAAAGGAUUUGCUUUUAAAAACUAACUAAUCUGUCAUUGGUCGAAGUAUUGAUGUUAAUUAUUGUGUAAAGGUAAAACGUUAUCGAAAUAUUGAUAUAAACAAUAAAAAAAUAACACAAUAGAGGGGCCAAAGUAAACGAUAUUCACUCACUCACUAAACUAAAAACACUCACAACUCACUAAUCUGUAAUUAAAUGCAUACCCACACUAUCAUAUAAAUUUGCACAAUGUCUAUUUCUGAAGCAAAGAAAAGGCAGUUUUAAACGAAUAAGCGAACGUACGAAGUUACGGAGAUUCAAUUUCUAUUGAGCUGGCAAUAAGACACGUUCAAAACCUUACUGGGACUCGCUGUCCAAAACUCCACCCUUUACUUUUCUUAUGGAUGACAAGAGCAAUAUAAGAUUUAAGCGUGCAACAAUUCAAAGGAUGGAAUUCUAAAUAAACGCAAAGUGCUAGAAAGCAGCUACAAUGUGAUAAGUUAAGUCCUUGCAGUUUUACUGGGCCAGAACCAAACUAUUAAUUUCAUAAACCCCUUUCCCCUCUCACAACCCCUGGCUAGAAAUUAAUUGAAUUAAAAGUCAACUAAACGGAAACGAGAAAUGCGAAUGUGUUCAAAAUCUGCAUAUAAAGCAAAUAGGGUUUUGUGUUCCUCCAAAACCCUAACAUGAUGCAAUUCACAGUUUGAAUGGAAAAUUUAAUUGUAUGUAUUAAGUAAUUAUUAAAAUUUUCGACGACGGAGAGAUACAUGAGGAAUAUUGUGCUAUGUAGUUCGCGAAUGUUCAUUUAAAUUUUCUGAAAAUUAGAUAAAAAAAAAACAAAAAUUAAUUAAGAGCUGAGACAAUCGGUUUUUCUUGUCCUUGCGAUUUAUGUGGAUAUAUUCUAAAGAAGAGAAAAUGAAAAAUUCAUGGAACAAUUAUUGCUACGAACGAUCUCUUGUAAAUAUAGAUUCGAUAAGCUUGAAAUUAAUUUGAAAAUUAGUGUUUCGAAGGAAAUAUGUGUGAGUGCGUAAGUGUAAAUAGUAAAACUCUCGACGAUUGAUGAGUGAUUUCUCAAAUUUGAUUUAUUAUACUGAAAAGGGACAAUGCUAACAACGACAGGUGUUCAUUUAGUGGGAUUAAAUUUAUGAUACAUACUAUAUAUCCAGAAAUGGAAUAAUUUGCCAGACUCUAUUAAGAUAUUUUAGCUACUCAAUUUUUGAAUUAUCAUAAUAACGCGAUGAGAACUUCUUCCUGAAAACCAGAGUAAUGGAUCUAUUCAGAUAUGAACCAUGGUUUUGUUACGAGGAGAGAUGAAUGGGAGCAUUCCUAUAUUUUUUUUUUUCAAAUUUGCAAAACUGAAAUAUAUAAUUCAAUUUACACAUAACAGCAAAUACAUUAUUCCCUACUCUCCCAAUAUUACAUGAUACCAUAAUCACUUGAACCCUAUAUUAAAAUCCACUGUAUGAUGGUGUUACAGCCAACAGCAUCCAACCAUUUCGAAGUUGUGACCACGACCUCAAAUUUCAAACUUGGGAAUUGAUCUUUUGCCCGUGUGAACUGUGUCUUUCGUCUUCUAGGUUUGCCUAUUGGACGUUUCCAUUACGUUUUACGUUUGACCUUUCAUCGUUCGUUUUAUUAGACAAGUAUCGAACAUUUACCUUUCCAUUGCAACUUCGUGAACUGGGUAUUGAUGGAUAAUCGAAUAUAUUGUACAUAUAUGCAACUCAUCGUUGUACCGCAAUAGCCAGUCUCAAACCCUUAUAGGUCUCAAUAUUCUACGAAACCGGAAGUUUGUUGUCGAGCCCAGAUCCUUAAUCUCAGAGCUAUACUGAUAGAUAAGCACAGAAUCAAUGACCAUUUCCUAUGUGCUUUUUUGGACUUUAUAGAGUUAAACGAAGUGCGCUUCCUUACCUUAACCUUUCGAAAGCUUUGCCUAAUUUUUUCCCUGUUUUAUCAAGAUGAACUCUUUAAUACUUACAUACAUUUACUAUUAUUCUGUUAAGGGGAAGUCUUAAAUAACUACUUUUGCUGGUUAUAGUGUACUUAUUAAUCAUAGUAUCUCAAGCAAGCCUAUAACCGUCGGGAACUUUAGUAUACUCCCUAUUUGCAGAUCUUUCAACUUUGCUUCUGGUAUUAAGUGUUCUCCCAGAUGCCUCGACCUACUAGCUUCCAUGGGUGAUAGUUUAGCCGACAGUGACCAGUGCGAAUUCCCUCUAUGAUUCGAAGGUUCCUUUUUGGUGAGGUUUAAGCAAUCCUUUGUACUCAUGGGUGCGUAUCCCCCAAAAGUACCAUGGACUGCUCCAUUCCUGGUAGGCCGCCCAGCAUAGUUCCCUCAACCGUUCCUUUUCAUUUUUUAAUGUCAUAGCCAUGAAACCAUUUCCGACUCCACAGAAGGGUUUUGACUUAUAUAAGGGCG